AUGGCUCCACUUAACGAUUCCUUGGCAUCAAUCAUCGAUGUCAUCGAAACCAAACCUCUUCUUGGUGUUUCUCAGACGAAACCAAUAUCCCAACCAAACUGUUUUAACCUGUCCCAAGGGACUCUUCGUGCCAAAGACUCUUCUCCAAUCCUCUUCGAUGUUCCCAAAAACCUAACUUUCACCCCAUUUUCAUCUCACUCCAUAUCCACCGAUGCUCCUCUCCCGAUUCGCCUCCGUGUUCAAGCCAACGCUCACAAAGGUGGGUUCCUCGGAUUCACCAAAGACUCGCCUUCCGAUCUCCUUACAAACUCUUUGGGGAGAUUCGAAAACAGAGAGUUCCUCAGCAUCUUCCGAUUCAAAAUGUGGUGGUCAACGGCUUGGAUCGGAAAAUCCGGGUCGGAUCUUCAAGCCGAGACUCAAUGGGUGAUGCUAAAGAUCCCUGAGAUCGACUCCUACGUGGCCAUCAUACCGAUCAUAGAAGGAUCUUUCAGAGCUGCACUUAACCCUGGUGAGAAAGGCAACGUCUUGAUCACAGCAGAGAGUGGCUCUACUCAAGUAAAGGAGUCAUCUUUCAAUUCCAUUGCCUACAUUCACAUCUGUGACAGUCCUUAUAACCUCAUGAAAGAGUCUUUUAGUGCGCUUCGUGUUCACAUGAACACUUUCAAGCUUCUAGAAGAGAAGAAGCUUCCCAACAUCGUUGAUAAGUUUGGGUGGUGCACUUGGGAUGCUUGCUACUUGACUGUUGACCCUGCAACGAUCUGGACAGGUGUUAAGGAGUUUGAAGAAGGUGGCGUGUGUCCCAAGUUUGUCAUCAUUGAUGAUGGAUGGCAAAGCAUAAGCUUUGAUGGUGAUGAGCCAGGGAAAGACGUAGAGAAUCUUGUUCUUGGUGGAGAGCAAAUGACUGCGAGGCUACACAGCUUCAAGGAGUGUACCAAGUUUAGAAACUAUAAAGGUGGGUCCUUUUUAGCAUCUGAUGCGUCUCACUUCAAUCCUCUCAAACCGAAGAUGAUCAUAUUCAAAGCCACCGAGCGGAUUCAAGCGAUCAUAGAGAAACAGAAGCUGAUUCGUGAAUUCGGGGAACAUGAGCUACCGGAGCUUGAUGCAAAGAUCAAGAAGUUCAGCGAAGAGCUCAAUGCAAUGUUUGAUGAGGUUGAUGAGAAAGAAGAGUCUUUGGGUUCUGAUGAUGUUUCAGGCUCAGGUAUGAAGGCUUUCACAAGGGAUUUGAGGUCAAGGUUUAAGGGUUUAGAGGAUAUAUAUGUGUGGCAUGCUCUGUGCGGUGCUUGGAAUGGUGUUAGGCCUGAAACGUUGACACAUUUGGAGACCAAGAUUGUUCCUUUUGAGAUUUCACCUGGUCUAGAUGCUUCAAUGACUGAUCUCGCAGUCGACAGGAUUGUGGAAGCUGGGAUUGGUCUUGUUCACCCUUCUAAAGCUCAUGAGUUCUACGAUUCAAUGCACUCUUAUCUUACUAGUGUUGGAGUUACAGGAGCCAAGAUUGAUGUCUUCCAAACCUUAGAGUCAGUUGCAGAAGAACAUGGAGGAAGAGUGGAGCUUGCUAAAGCUUACUACGAUGGCUUGACCAAAUCCAUGGUUAAGAAUUUCAAUGGAACUGAAAUCCUUGCUAGUAUGCAACAGUGCAACGAAUUCUUCUUCCUUGCCACAAAGCAAAUCUCUAUUGGCAGAGUUGGUGAUGACUUUUGGUGGCAAGACCCACAUGGUGACCCACAAGGAGUGUACUGGCUACAAGGACUACACAUAAUUCAUUGUUCUUACAACAGUUUCUGGAUGGGUCAAAUGAUUCAACCAGAUUGGGACAUGUUCCAAUCAGACCAUGUGUGUGCCGAGUACCACGCCGCCUCUCGAGCUAUCUCUGGUGGCCCCAUCUACCUCAGUGACCAUCUUGGCAAAGCCUCGCAUAACUUUGAUCUCAUCAAGAAACUUGCUUACUUUGAUGGUACCGUCCCAAGGUGUCUUCACUAUGCUCUUCCCACUAGAGAUUCUCUCUUCAAGAACCCUUUGUUUGACAAAGAAUCAAUGCUCAAGAUCUUCAACUUCAACAAGUUGGGAGGAGUAAUUGGAGCAUUUAACUGUCAAGGAUCUGGGUGGAGCCCAAAGGAGCAUAGGUUCAAGGGAUACAAAGAAUGUUACCAGACAGUUUCAGGAACAGUUCAUGUCUCAGACAUCGAAUGGGAUCAAAACCCAGAAGCUGCAGGUUCUCAGAUGAGCUACGCCGGAGAUUACUUGGUCUACAAGAUGCAAUCCGAGGAAAUCCUUUUCAUGAACUCGAAAUCAGACCCGAUCCAGAUAACCCUAGAGCCAUCUUCGUUUGAUCUGUUCAGUUUCGUGCCAGUCACGGAACUGGGAAGCUCUGGGGUUAGAUUUGCACCUCUAGGGUUGAUCAACAUGUUCAAUUGUGUUGGAACAAUUCAAGACAUGGAGGUUACUGGUGAUAACAGCGUUAAGGUUGACUUGAAAGGCGAAGGAAGAUUCAUGGCGUAUUCGAGUUCUGCUCCAAAGAUGUGUUACUUGAACGACAAGGAAGCUGAGUUUAUGUGGGAAGAAGAAACUGGUAAACUCAAUAUCUAUGUUCCUUGGGUUGAAGUUUCUGGUGGCAUCUCUCAUCUCUCUUUCACCUUCUAA